CAGAUGAUUCUCUAGUUUCAGACAAUAUGGCGGUAAGCAAGAGAGGCAGAGAGGCGAGAUCUAACCCCAAUCCCGAGAAAUCUUCGAAGAGAGGUAACAGAAGUUGGAUAGAAUAUUGUUUGCAAUUAUGGCAGCAGAUCGUUUCCUUGCUGACCGAUCCGAAGAGACUGUCGCUGCUAAUCAAGUUCUUCAUCCUCGUCGAGAUAGUUUUGAACAUAUUGGUUGUCGCAAAUGUGCCAUACACCGAGAUCGAUUGGCGUGCCUACAUGCAGGAGGUCGAGGGAUUCCUGAACGGCACCACGGAUUACUCCAAGUUGCGAGGUGACACCGGACCCUUGGUUUAUCCUGCCGGUUUCGUCUACAUCUUCUCCGGGCUCUAUUACGUGACCUCGCGGGGCACCGAUCUAAAGACAGCCCAGUACAUCUACGUGGUCGUUUACGCGAUCAUGUUGACGCUCGUCCUGAAGAUUUACGCCAGGACUAGGAAAGUACCGCCCUACGUGCUGAUUCUCAUGUGCUGCACCUCUUAUAGGAUACACUCGAUAUUUGUCCUGAGGCUCUUCAACGAUCCUAUAGCGAUGCUACUGCUAUUUGCGAGCGUCAACGCCUUCCUGGACGAUCGCUGGUACCUGGGUAGCGUAUUGUACAGCCUCGCCGUGUCUGUCAAGAUGAAUAUACUGCUGUUUGCCCCAGCGCUUCUUGUCGCCUAUCUGUGCAUCCUAGGAUUAUGUAAAACACUGAUACAUUUAAGUAUCUGUGCAUCUGUACAGUUGAUUCUUGGGCUUCCAUUUCUACUGGAGAAUCCAAUCGCAUAUAUAAAGAGUGCCUUUAAUUUGGGGAGGAUCUUUGAGUUUAAGUGGACCGUAAACUGGAGGUUUCUGCCGGAAGAGGUAUUUGUUCAUCCGUACUUUCAUCAUUUCUUAUUAUUUCUACAUGUGUUAACGUUGCUGUACUGCCUGCGCAUUUGGAUCGUGUACAUGGAAUCAUAUGCAAAAUUGAAAGAUGUAGAGAAAAACUUAAAGUCUCAGGUUCCUGAGAAGAUAGAUUAUAUGUGUGUCGUGAGCCAAUUGUUUGUCUAUCCUCUCUUUAUGUCGAACUUUAUCGGCAUUAUGUUCAGCAGAUCGCUGCAUUAUCAAUUCUAUGUAUGGUACUAUCAUACAUUACCAUACCUUGCGUGGUGUACUGAGUAUAAGACUGUUGUUCGAUUGACUGUCCUGGGUGUGAUUGAAUUGUGUUGGAACGUAUAUCCAAGUACGAUAUUCAGUAGCACAGCGUUGCACAUAUGCCAUAUAAUUCUAUUAUAUGGUAGUCUUAAAACUAAAUCGGAUAAUACGAUAAAAAAAUAAAUAAACAUAUCGGGUAUUAUGUUUUCCUUUUGAUUGUCUUCCUAUAGUGUUGCGUAUGAAAUGUAUAAAAUAAGAAUGUCCUAAGAUAACAUUUCCCAUCAAAGUUUCGAUUUGAUCACAUCCAUAUUUUAUAUACGUGUUUAUGAGAAUAUAUUUAUUUAUCUGACAUUCAUCUCGAAAUUUGUAUAGAAUUAUUUAAUAUUAUAUCUAAUAUUAAAUAAUGUGUGAGAAUAUAUGAAUGUAUACGUAAUGUAUAUCUUUUAUACAGUUUGUAAUUGAAUAAAUUUAAGAUAACGUUGCAUUGA